AUGACGGUAGCUUCUCCUCCGGAGCUUGGAUUGAAUGGAUUGGCUGUAAACAACGUGGAAAAUGAAAAACACGAAGAGCUUCACUCUCACGUCGUCGAUUACGAUGAAGCGGAACUAGACGAGACGAUCAUUGAUCCGAAUGAUGAUCCAAUCAUCACUUACGGUAUUUGCUCUAAAGGAGUUCUCGAUGUACAAGACAUUAUCGACACAUCAACUUUGACACCACAGACAUCAAGCUCGUCGGCAACUCCUGUAGUAGAUAAGCUAAAAGAUGAUUUGGAAGCUAUGGGAUUGAGCACGAAAGGAACUAAAGCUGAACUCAAAGCUCGUCUUUCAAAAGCAAAGAAACGUGCAAAGAAACCACCUCCUCCUAAGCUACUCAACUACCACUACGAAACAGGUCAUGUGCGUGUGAUACGAGACGAUGAAGAUGCUACAAAUAAAUGGAGGCAAUCUCAGCUUGGUCGCGAUUGGGAUGCUCAUGAAGCUGAUGUCGAAGACGAUGACAACUUAGAUCCAAACUCUUCAGACAGGAAGCAACCUUACGACUUCAUUUGUGUCUUGGAUGUCGAGGCUACCUGUGAAGGCGACUCGAGUGAAGACUUUCCUCACGAAAUCAUUGAACUGCCAGUGAUACUCAUUGAUGGCCAACGUGGAGAAAUCAUCGAUGAAUUCCAUUCCUAUGUCAGGCCUGUAUAUAAUCCCAUCUUGUCUUCGUUUUGCAAGAACUUGACUGGAAUCACUCAGGAGCAAGUGGAUAGCAGUCCACCAUUCCCAACAGUAGUAGGCAUGCUAGAUCAAUGGCUCGCCAAACGAUGUGGCAAAUAUCCAUUUCGUAGACUUUUGUUUGUUACUGAUGGCCCUUGGGAUUUACGUGAUUUCGUACGAAAGCAAUGCGAAAUAAGUAUCAUUGACCGACCACCAUACUGGAGGCGAUUUUUAGACUUGAGACGUGCCUUUACAGAUUCUUAUCCACAUCCACGAUCAAGUUUGUCUGGUAUGUUGAAUUGCCUAGGAAUGACAUUUGAAGGACGCGAGCAUUCUGGAAUUGAUGAUGCACGAAAUAUUGCUCGUAUCGUUUUGCGUAUGAUGAAGGAUGAUAUUGUCAUCAAGGAAAAUGUCGAACUCAAGCUAUCAAAGAGGAAGCUUGGGAAACGAAACAGGGUGCACUACACCAAGGGCAGCAAUGAAAAUGAAGGUUGGAUUGAAGGCAAUCACGUCCUUAUGUAG